AUGGUCACUCAAUACGGCAUCCAUCAGAGGAAUGUAGCGAAGCUUCACGAAGCACUGGUCAACGAACUCAGCAGCAUCGUGGACACUUGGUGGACAGAUGAACAGGCUGCGUUCCCCCGACGAAUGCCACUGGAACCACACGAGGAAGAUCUUCUGCGCGGACUGCAUGAGCAAUGCGAAGCGAAUAACCUGAGACCAUUUAGGGAGUGUCAGGUACACUGGCGAUCUGAUCUUGUUCUUCCUUCGGAUCACCCAGGUACUGCCAAAAUCUGUGAGAUCAACACACGAUACUCCAUCAAUGCACAGCUCCUUGCAGCCUACGGCUAUCGGAUAUACGAGACGGCGGCUGAAAGAGGCUGUGUCUUUGCACGUGCGGACGCACGAAAGUUUAUCAAAAGUCAGCUAGACCUUUUCGAGCCGAAGUACCCAAUACAUAUUGUGCGCGAUCAGUACCGGUCACCCUAUAGUGAGAUGUUCGUCUCUUUUGCCGAAAAAAGUGGUAGGGUUAGUGCGACUAUGGUCAAGCCGGUAGAUCUUCGAAUGGUCAGGAGCAACAACUCGAAGACCGGAUAUGACCUCUACUGUCUGUCCGACAGGGACUGUCCCGACAUAGUCAGCACAGACGGUGAGCGCCUGGACCGUGUGUACCAAACCGGGCUUGAUCUAUUCCAGCAUGAACUGCGCUUGAUCCCAACAGACAUUCUGCGGCAUCUUGCGUUGCACUCUGUCAAUGAUCUGAGAAGUAUUCUUCUCAUUCACGAUAAGCGGAUCCUUGGGGUGCUUCUCCAAGAACUUGACAGCCUUCUCAGCAAGCAAGUCCUGACAGCAGAACAAGCAGCGAUCAUUCGGCACGGCGUCGUACCUAUCAUCAACCCUGGGUCUCCGGAGCUGAGCGAAUUGAUCAACCAGCAGAGUCGAUCCCUGAUUCAUAAAGACAAUUAUACCAUAAAGCCGGUUCGGAGUGGCCGAGGGGACGGUAUUCUGCUCGGAAAGGAGCUGUCCGUCUCCAAUGGGAAAGUCUCUUGCUCAAUCUUCGCGAACCCGAGCUUGAACCAGAUCACUCUCUGGUCUUGCCAUCUGGCUAAUGGCAGUUUCACCGGCCUUGGAUUCUGGAGAGCCGGUGGCACGAAGAUCUGCAAUCUCAACAGUGAAGGGCUCUGGAUGCUGGGGGUGGUUGCUCGUCCGAAUUGA